AUGGUCACCCGCCACAACAUCCAGCGCCCCAAGUUCAACCUCCAGAAGCUCGGCCGUGUCAGGAAGCAGGCGCUCAAGUCGAACUCGACCUCGUACAAGUCUAUUGUCUCGACCAACAUCCAGCACGUCGCCCGUAUCUCCAAAAAGAAGGCUCAGCAGAAGCAGACGGUCAUGAAGCACGCCAUGGACACUGCUCUCAUCAAGGCUGGAGGCGUCCGGGAGGCUACCAUGAAGGAGGCCCCCGUUCAGAAGGAGGAGCCCGUCGUUGUCAAGGCCAUUCCCUCAGGCCCUGGAACCACCUUGGGUGCCCCCUCUGCUUAA